AUGUGGAAGUAUUUGGUUUUGUUGGUACUGGUGCAGAGGAGGACAAUCUUUUCACAACCAGUAAUAGACGAGAAUAUGCGAGAAGCGAGGCAAUUAAAUUUUGGUGAUUGCUGCCCAUGUCCUGGUUCUGAGCGAAGUAUCAUUAGGGAUGAAGAUGUUUUGGACUCACAAAUGCAGGUGUUAUCAUCUCGUGACGACUGCCCAUGUAUGACAGCUGACUCAGACGCUGCCUCAUCAGUGUUCAGACCAGCAAUGAGGGCUGUUGAACCUUUUAAAAGACCACGAGAAAUAAACGGGGAACCUAAGCCUUUAUUAAAACCAGAAGUUGGACUGGCGUCUUCUGUUUUAGAAACUUUGCGAGAAGUUACCGAUCAAGAAUACCAAGAAGCUUUGGCACGAGACGCUGCAAGAAGUGCUAUUGAUGCUUCUCAAGUUAACUCUUUUGAGCAAGAAACUGGAAAUUAUGCACCAAAAAAAAUAGUAAACAUUAUUCUUAAGCCAAAACAAACUAACGACACUAUGCCAGAAGCUUCUCAUGUUCAGGAAACACGUUGCGUUCAUUUACCUCUCGGGCAAAGUAGUGAUGAUGAUAGCGUAGGUCACUCCGUUCCCUUAUUUAGAAAUUCACUACUUUCUUCACCCAAAGUAAAAAAUAAUGCCCUAUUACAUAAAAAGCUUUUUGAUAUGAAUAACAGUGCUAGUAAUAUACAAGAAAAUGUACGAAUGCCUUUGAAAAGUAACAUAUUGGAUGAUUUAAAAUUAAAAUCAGAUUUGAUAAAACUAAAAUUAUUCCCAGAAAUUGGAAAUAAUUUGAAAGGUGAUAUAAAGACUGAAAGUGAAAAUGCACGAAUUUCUAACUUAAGAUUGCCAUCAUUAAUAGAUCAUUUCAAAAAAUCAAAAGAUAAAGAUUAUCCACCCUUACGUUCUAUUGACAACAUUGGUAAAGAGAAAGAGAAAGAUGCUAUGUAUUCACCGAGUAAUUCUGAACAAUAUGUUUUAAAUAAUAAUGCAAGAUCUUAUAAAAACCCUCAGACAUUUUUACACUCUAAAAAGCCAUAUAAGGAAAUGGAUACAAGCAAUUCAGUAAAAUCAAAACCUAGCUUACAUUUUAAUACUAAUGAAGAAAAUUUAAAAGGUGUUACUGAUAAUACUGUUUUAUCUGAAAUAAGUGACUGUGAAUUAAACUUAAAUGAAGGUGAUGAUGAAAAUAGUAAUAUCAUAAAUACUAUUGAUACUCUAACUUCUGAUAUUGCUUCAAGCCCAUCUGAAAUAAUUGAAACCAAAUCAUCCAUGUCAACUGAAGUAUCAGAAAAUAGAAUGAAUUAUGGAUGUGAUACAGACGAUAAUGAAAACGAACUUGUUAAUCAAAAUAAAAUUGAUGAUAACAAACAGCAAUUGACAUCAGAUAUAGAAGAAACUAUUCCUACAAAUUUAAAUGAAUGCCUUAGUGAAGAAAAUACAGAAAUGGAUCAAUCUAACAAUUUCGCAGGGGGUGAUAAAACUUAUAAAGGUGAAGAAAGUCUUUGUAAUUUUGAAGACCCUGAUGUCGAAGCGAGUGUAAAUAACCCUAAAAUUAUAAGUUUACAAGAAGAAGACAAUAAAUAUGAUCAUUCAAAUGUUGGCAAUGAGCCAAGAAACGUAAAUACUCAGAGUUUAGAUAAUCAACAAACAAACGACAUCACUACCUUAAUAACAACAACUGAAAAGAUCUUGGUGGAUAGUACUCCCAAAUCAAAUACUUUACCGAAUAUAAAAGACAAUAUUCUAAAAACAAUAGAAAAUUUUAAAAAGACGAAUGAACGAAUUCAAGAAAAAAUUAAGUCAAAUGUUCAAGAUGCAUUACAAUUACUUGUCGUAAAAAAUAAUCCUGUUGUAGAGACAGAUUCAUCACCGAAUAAUGGUCUAAGUGAAGAAGAAAGUAAUAAAGUUGGAAAUAACAUUAACUUACAAGAUCUUCAAGAAAUGUCGAAUCGGAUUUUAAAUUUAAGCUCUUUAAAAGAAGAAGAGGAGGCGAAGGCUUCGUCACAAUCUAGGGAAAAUUUAACAAAAGAUACAAAAUAUCACAAUGGAGAACAAGCUGGUGAUAAUAGUCAAGAGACAUCAAAAUUAAAUACCAUAUCAUUAUCUGCAGAGUCGCCCUCUGAAAUAUUUAAAUCUGCUACAACUUCACCAAAAACAUCUUUGGAAAACUCAAACGAAUUAAUGGAAAGAAGCAGUUUAGAGGAAUUAAAAGAAACUUCUCGCAACCCACUACUAAGUUCGUGUGACAAUAUGUCUCUUAAAAGUUCUGAUCCUGUUAAAACUGAAGCUGAUUUAUCAGAUGAUCAAAACAACGAAAUGUUUUCACAAGCUAGUAGUCCUAUUGUAAGUAGUAUACAACAUGUAAUACAACCAAACACGAAUUCAAAUGUAAAGGCGUUCUUUGAAAAUUUCCAGACUUCUGUAUCAGAAAUUUUUAAUAGCGACACAAAACCUAAUAUAUUUUCUGCAAUUAACGAUAACGCAAAUGAUGACUCGAUAACUAAUGCUAUAUUUACCAAAAAUCAGCAACUUUUAUCUGAUGAACCUUUAGCAAGAUUAAAUAGCGAUAAAUCCAGAAAAGUAAAAAAUCCUAGUUCUAAUAUUAAUUUAUACAAAGCUAAAGUCGCGGUGCCAAAAUCUUUAAACAUAAAAGCAUUACCUGAGCCUAUAAGUCAAGAACCUAACGCUCUAAGUAAAUUUCAUAGGAAGUCCCCUGAAAUGAUUGCAGCUUCUAAUACUUUAAGAGAGCAUAUGGAUACAUUAAGUCCCAAUAAUCUAAAAUCAAAAAUCGGUAACAGCAAUCAACGUAGAGAUAAUUCGGAAUUGAAAACAUUAAAAUUUAAUGGUCUGCAAAAUAUAAUGCCUAACAGUGAUCAUUUUCACUCUUUAACAGAGAAUACUCUAAGAAAUAUUCAAGAUGCAUUCGAUGAGAAUUUGAAAAAUCCAUUCACUAGAAAUUACAAUAAAAUGUUAAGCAAAGAAAGGCCAGUGGACUUGUUUGAAACUAUAGCGAAAACAAAUGAUGAAUUUACUGAAAAAUUUAGGGCUUUCCAUUCAGGUCUAAACGAAAGGCUAUCGUCAUUUUCACAAAAAAUAUCAAAUAUUUCACCGUUACAAGUACAUAAUGAUCACACAUUUAGAGGUAUUAAAAACAAUAAUCUAAAACAACUAAGAGCACCUACCGCAAUAAGUAGAACAUCAUUAUUAGACCUUGAGAAAACUAAUAAUUCUAAGCCGAAAAUACUACAAAAAUUUAAUAUUCCUUCAAAACAUGUGGCAUUGGAUUCAAAGAAAAUACCUACUAUCACUCGUCCCACAAAGUUACGAGUAGAUGAAAUUAAGUCGUCGCUUAGAAAAGACAUUAAGUUGAAGCCAUUAAAAGAAAGCAAAGUUACAAUUAGCUUUAGUACUACAGCUCGACCAAAAUUGAUCUCAAAAACUAAAACAAGUUCUUUACCGUCUUCUGUAAAAUCGAAAACUUCAUUGUUGACAAAAAAUUCGUUACUUAAACGACCACAGACAAAGUCGAAGCUAAAAACUGGUGAGUCAAAAGCGUUAGCAAGUGAACAAAUUGCAUCUCGAAUACCAUUUUCAGAUAGAAGUUUUGUCAAUUCGAGAAAAUUAUCUUCUUUAUAUGAAAGAACAUCUGAUUUACACGACACUAAUACCAGAAGUAAUAGUGAUUUUGAAGAAGCUAUUCCAAGUGAAAGAAAAUCUGGAAGUUCGGUGUUAUUUAAAAUACGUGAGGCUGCUAAAGCGAAGGCUACUGAAGAUGCAGCUAACGAAAUAAUUAAAAAUAGUAUGUUUAGCUCUAGCCGUGUAUCGGAUGCAUCGCUAUCCGCCUCGAACAUAAAUUCCAUGGUAUUAGAAGAUAGGCCUUUAAAAGAAAACGUUUCAUACAAAUGUAAAAUGAUGUGUUUUGAGGACAGCGGUAACUCC